AUGACAGAAAUUAUUGAUUUAGACUUGGUCGAUGACUUUAUCAAGAAACCUAUGGUCAAACAACAGAAAAACCAGUCUUCAAAGCCUAGGGUAAAAAGAAGGGGUCAGUUGACCUUUGAUGAUUUCAGAAACAUCAAAAUUGUAGAAGAACCUGUUGUACUUUCUCACAAUAGUUCAAUUGACGAAUCACUGGAUGCUGCUACCCAAAAUACUAAAAAGCGGGAGAAAUAUGAAGGUACCUGUGAUGAAGAAAUGAAAACUAAAGAAAUGGAGGCAAAUAUGGCAAGCAAAUAUUCUAAUAUCAAAACACAUUCGAACGACACUAACAAGGUAGAGUCGAUCAGUGAACACACUACUUCUAAUAAUAGACCAUUGAAUACAUUAAACUGGUCACCAAAUAUUCCUUUACGAUAUUCUGACUUUGCAAAGUUUAUGAGUGAUGAGACGGUAACGGAAAGCAAUUGGGCGCCUCCCCUUUGCACCCCUCUCCCAUAUGCAGGCGAUGUUAUGAAGAUCCUUUCUUUUAUCGUCAAAUUUAAAUGGGUGUUCAGCGACGAUCUACUGAACCUGUCAUUUCAAGAUGUGGAGAUAGGACUAGAAUUAAAGGUGGCUGGCCAUUCUGCGAAGAAUAUUCGAAUUUGUCAGGAUAAAAUGAAUCUACUAUUUUGCAGUCUUUUGAGGUUAUUAUUCUGCUCCGAGAAAAGAGCAGACAACCAAACUCAUAGAAAUUUCACGCUAAAAAGAUUUCUUAGUUUGAAAAAUCCAUAUGGAAAACUGGUUGGCAAACUCAGAAGCUUAAUCCAGGAGUGGGGCUUACCAAAAGAAUGGCGUGGUAAUAGUGAUAUUUUAUCUACUCUAAAUUUUAAUGGAGGUGGUUUGUUGACGAUGGAACCAUUAGAUAGAAUAAUAUUAUUGAGAUGCAUGAUCGAUUGGAAUUGUAGCUACUCCGCACUUUUCCAUAAUGAAAUUCAAAGGCUCACUCACUUGAAAGGCGAUACAGGGUUCAACCAUCAAACUUUUCACGCCAGCAGGUUUGCUAUGUGCGGGGCCAAUAACAUAUUAGAUAGUUGUGAAGUUUUAUGCUCUUUGAUGAGUCAAAAGUUGGAAAAUCGAAAGAAAAGGAAGCCCAGCGACAAAGGAAAACUGAGUAAGAUCAAUAGUCAGAUGAAAUUUCUAAAGGGUGUUCGGAAAUCAUUGAGCGAAAAAGUAACUACAGACAGAUUACGAGCUGCAGUUAAAAUAAAUGAAGAAUGGGGUGAAUAUUUUGCAAACGAAUUUACACACACACCAAUUGAUGAUCCCACCGUAGACGAAAUUUACAAGUUAAGGACAUCAGAGUUUAUGAUAGCGAGAAUUCCACGAGUUGGAGAUUUCUACUUACCACCAUUCUGGAUUGGCAACGAAUGCAGUUCAGUAAACACUAGUUACAGUUUCAAUGACAUGUCAACUUAUCUUAAUUACUUCGUAAAAUUCAAAGAGGAGGGUACAAAAAUACUGCCUGCAAAAACCGCACAAAAUGAAAACAAGUGUCAACUUAAACUUAUAUAUAGGAACACUCCUGCAUGUAUCCGUAAUUUACAGUUCAAUGAUGUUCACUUUGCCGAGGUGCCGCAUUGGUUUGAAGUUGCAGGAGACUCGAAUUCUUUGAGCAACUUCAUUGAGUAUUUGGAAAGUUUAUCAUCACUUACUGAAAAUGACACCGAUGAUACAAAAAAGGGUAUAGACAAUCUAAUUGAGUUUUUGAAAAUUUUCAGUAUAUUCAUAAAUGAGACUAUUCAGCGCAUAACUGCUGCCCCUACAGGCAGUACUGAAGGACGUCAUUUGCGAACAAGCUCUCAGAGAAGAACCACGGUGCAUUACUCGAGUGAUGUAAAUGGUGACGUUUCCGAGGAAAGUGAAAAUGAAGUUGACAUUGACGUUAGCGAUGACUAUGAUUCAGAAUAUCUGAGUGAGGAGAAUACAUUGACAAGAAAAGGUGAAGAUAGGACAGAUAAAUCUUUUGGGAAAAGAGAAUUACACAAUGGCGCUAAAGAUUGUGAUAGGAAUUGUGAUGAUAUAGAGAUCUUCUCAGAACCCGUUAGGCAACUACAAGAUAAUUCUCGGGAAAAAAGAAGCUUGAGGCGUAAUGCCAGAAAAGGUCUAUAG